AGCUUUUCCCCUUAUUUCGGCCGGCGAUAAAAGCUCUUCCUUAGACGCCCGCGGCUCCCACUCCGCCACUCUCGCUACGCUUUCCGCUUCGCAUUCGCUGUCUCAACUCCGAAUAAAACCCUCGCCCCUCGGCGUGCCGUCGCCGCCUCCCUCCAUCACUCCUCCGUCGUGCUGCACCGAUCUGAAAUCUCAAGUGCAACUCUCGUCCUCGCUUCUCGACGCCGUUUCUGCCCUGGUCGAGUUUCAGUCUUCACACCGUUCUUGCUCCAGCGUCCAGAUCACCUGAAAUCAAUAGCAACAGGGAGACAAAAUUUUAAGCAGAAAAGCCUUAUCAAGAUUGUGAUUUUUCUUGGUUAACCAAAGAAGACUGUUAUUAUCGACUCGUCAUUACAUUGAAAGUCAAAACUCCAGGAUCAGACUUGGGUAGGAGGAGUUUAGCCCUUACAUUGCUGAAAAGAUUGUGCUGCCACGGUUUUGGACCUUGGAGCUCCGAAACAGAUAAAAAAUGGCGGCUUCAUGCUCUCUCACCUUCUCAUCCAAAACUCCGAGAAUUCUUCCAAUGCAUGGAUUCCUCAAUCCCAAAACCCAGACAUCCAACAUCGAUUGUAGAUUCAACUACAUUACCAAGCCGCCCAUCCUGCGCGCGUUCAUGCCGUUGAGCAAACCCAUAGCCCGUCGUCAAAGCACAAUUCGAUGCCUAUUCACGGGCAUCGUUGAAGAAAUGGGCACAAUCAAGCAGCUACGUGUCGCCGAUCACGGCGGAUUCGACAUGAAGAUAGGAGCAAAAACCGUUCUCGAAGGCGUAAAUCUUGGGGACAGCAUCGCCGUCAAUGGUACCUGUCUUACAGUGACCAACUUCGAUCUGAAGGCCUCUGAUUUCAUGGUUGGGUUGGCUCCGGAGACGCUUAGGAAAACUUCUCUGAUCGAGUUGGAAGCGGGAUCGCUGGUCAAUUUGGAAAGGGCAGUGACCCCCACCAGCAGAAUGGGUGGGCAUUUUGUUCAGGGACAUGUGGAUGGCACAGGGGAGAUUGUUUCGAUGGAUCCAGAGGGAGAUUCGUUGUGGGUCAAAGUGAAGACAACGAAGGAGUUGCUGAAAUUUAUUGUACCUAAAGGUUUCAUUGCUGUGGAUGGGACUAGUUUGACUGUGGUGGAUGUGUUUGAUGAAGAAGAGUGUUUCAAUUUCAUGCUGGUCGCUUACACCCAGCAGAACGUGGUGAUUCCUUUGAAGAAAAUUGGACAGAAGGUAAAUGUGGAGGUCGAUAUUCUUGGCAAAUAUGUGGAGAGACUUCUUAGCAGUGGCUUCGUCGACUCCAUCAAAAAAAAUCCCUCAUAUGCUGAAAGCUGCUGAAUUUUAGCUUUGUGUACAUGGCCUUCCAUUGAACUACAAGCAUGUCUCUAUACCUUUUAGUUGAAAUUGUUAUUUUUAUCACGGAAAAAGAACACUCGUAGAAUAUUUUCUCAACUGUAUUUAGCCUUUAGGUGGCUAAUUUGAACUCCAUUUGACUCAAACUGUGAUAACAUGUUAAUGUGCAUUUUGCAGUGGUCAUGUAAUUUAAGGCAAUGAAUAAAGGGGUGAGUCUUUUGAGCUGAUGAA